GCCGAGGGUGCCAUGGAGAACUUCACGGCGCUGUUCGGAGCUCAAGCCGACCCCCCACCGCCCCCGAGCGCCCUGGGCUUCGGGCCCGGGAAGCCGCCCCCGCCGCCUCCGCCUCCUCAGGGAGGGGGUCCAGGCGCGGCCCCGCCGCCGCCCGCGAGCUCGGCCCCCGCGGGCGCAGACAAGUCGGCUGCUGGGAGCGGCCCCUUCUACCUGAUGCGGGAGUUGCCGGGCAGCACAGAGCUGACGGGCAGCACCAAUUUAAUCACACACUACAACCUGGAACAGGCCUAUAAUAAGUUCUGUGGAAAGAAGGUGAAGGAGAAGUUAAGUAACUUCCUGCCUGACCUGCCAGGGAUGAUCGACCUCCCUGGCUCCCAUGACAACAGCAGCCUCCGCUCCCUCAUCGAGAAGCCUCCUAUUCUUAGUAGCUCCUUUAAUCCAAUCACAGGGACCAUGCUGUCUGGUUUCCGCCUCCAUACUGGCCCGUUGCCAGAGCAGUGUCGUCUGAUGCACAUCCAGCCUCCCAAGAAGAAGAACAAGCAUAAGCAUAAACAGAGCCGGACCCAGGAUCCUGUCCCCCCAGAAACGCCAUCUGAUUCAGAUCACAAAAAGAAGAAAAAGAAAAAAGAAGAGGAUCCUGAACGGAAAAGGAAAAAGAAAGAAAAGAAGAAGAAGAAGAACCGACAUAGUCCAGAUCACCCUGGUAUGGGCAGCUCGCAGGCCAGCAGCAGCAGCAGCCUCCGCUAACAGGACUACUGAACUCUGCCAAGGAUGGCUUUCAUGUUAUAUUGAACCUUGGGGCAUCACAGCUAGUCAGAAGCCAGCUCCUGCUACGCUUAUGACGAGUUUAUGACGAAUACACUUUUAAAAAGGGCUGUGCUUUUUUAA